AUGUCUAUUCCUCGCGUCAAACUGCCACCCACGAAUGGGUCCAGCUACAUUCUGCCCCAGCUGGAGGGUGAGAUCUUCACCAUCCCGGGCUUCAAGAGUGUAUUUCGGAUGUUCACCUCCCAGGCACAAACUAACAAUGGCAUGGCCGUGUUCGCCUGGGAUGGCGUGAAGAAUGACACUGCGCCGUUUCAUCACCACAAGUACGCCCAUGACAUCUUUCUGGUGGCCGAGGGUUCCAUGUUGUGCUGGAAUGGUGACGAGUGCCGUCUUCUUGGACCAGGAGAUUUUGCCUCUGUCCCUCCUGGCACCAUCCAUAAGCCGUAUCCGCAAGGACCGGUGACUAAGGCCAUUGACCUCAUUACGCCUGGGGACUGGGUGAAUUUCUUCCGCCACGUCUCGGACAAAUUCGAGGGCCUGAUCUUUCCGGAAUGGGACGACCGGCAACAAGGCAUGUUUCCAAAUCUCGUCGGCAACUGGGAGGAGGCAUUCGACGUCUUUGCGCACCCAGAUCACGUUGGGUGUCCCGUAUCAGACUGGUCAGAGAAGGAUGAGGUGCUGCCAGACGGCGAGGUCCCGUACUUCUUGAAGGCGAACAAAGGUCCGCGCUGGUUGCUGGGCGGUGUCAUGUCCCGCCCGUUCAUGACGACCGUGCAGAGUGGUGGUAGAUCGGCAAUCAGCAUCAUCGAGUCUUCCAACGCGUACACUUCGAGUGUGUUCCACCAGAAGCUGGCAUUCUCUGCGCACCACUGCCUGGUCGUGUUUGACGGAGAACUCGAAGUCUCCAUUGACGACGGCGAGCCCAGCGUUGUUCGUCCGGGAGAAGUAUGCUUUUUCCCUGCCAAAGUUCCAUUCAGAUUGGGAUUCGCAUCGAAAUAUGUCCGAUUUUGGAGCUUUGCAAGUGGGAACGGAAUCGAGUCUCUUGUGGGAGAGGCCGGACAAAGAUACCCAGGCCAAGCGCUACCAGAUCAUGCACAAGCUUGGGAUGACGAGAAGCUCAAGGAAGCAUGUCAGAAGCUAAAAAUCACCAGGUUGUGA